AUGGCGGCGAACGUCCUCGUUAGAGAUCUUGACUCGAUUCAAGAUAUUCAGCAACAGGCAUCCGUCACCAAUGUAGACCAUUCCCUUGAUGGCCAGUCCCGAUUUGGAGAGAUAGUUGCCAUUCUGGCAGUCGGAUCUACUCUCUCGACGGCAGCGGUUGGUCUCAGGGUCUACACCAGGGCCAAGAUGCUCCGGACCUUCGGAAUGGACGAUUCGGUCAUGGUCGUCGCCCAAAUGUUUCUCCUCGCAUUAGCUGCUACCAUCGGACUUGAAAGCAGAUGGGGUCUCGGCCUCCAUUCAUGGGUUCCGCCCCCAGAGGACUAUGUUCCCUACAUGAAGUCCUUCUACAGUUCGAUUAUUAUGUACAACGUUGCGACCUGUUUCGUCAAGAUCUCCAUCUUGCUACAGUACCGUCGCAUCUUUGCUAUUGACAUCAUGCAAAAGGUGACAUUAUGGGGUCUGGCUUUCAUGAUCACAUGGACUGCCGUGCUUUGUUUCCUCCUUCCAAUGAUCUGUCUUCCCGUCGCCGCUUUCUGGGAUCCGACUAUUGAAGGCCGAUGUUUAGACUUUCUUCCCGUUUGGUACACCAACGCUGGCAUCAACCUGGUAGCCGACUUCGCCAUAUUCAGCAUGCCGAUUCCAGUCAUCAACUCGUUGCAACUACCCCGGAGCCAGAAGCGAGUGCUGCUCGUGGUAUUUUGCCUUGGUUUCUUCACUUGCAUCAUCUCCGCACUCCGGAUCCGAACCCUGCGCGUAGCCGCGGAAACCAAAGACCCGUACUGGGAUAACGUGGACGCAGCUACAUGGUCCUUCUUGGAGGUCGCAAUCGGCAUUCUGGCGGCGUGUAUUCCUACACUUCGGCCGAUCUUUGUCACUCUUUUGCCCCGCUUCUUUUCUGUGUCUUCGCUGCCGUUCAGAAGUAGUGGAAGGCCAUCAAAGUACGCCAACCCAUACGCCCAGCCUGGCGAAAGCAACCAAAGAGCUAGUCGCAUACACGGACGGAGACAUCACCGCCCCUUGAGCAGUACGGAAGAGUUGACUCGCCAGCAAGGAGUGGAGCUGUCCGGGAAGGAGACUCAGACGUCGGCCGAGUACACUGUCAGCGUCAGCGCGGGAGCUGCCGAACGCCCAGAUAAGAUGCCUCGUGCCAAGAGCAAGAGGGACAGCGGAAGGGAGGAUCAACAUGUUAGAGGACAAAUACGGACCACGACUGUGGUGACACAGGAGGUUACGAUUGGGAGGGCUAUAUCCGAACCAGACCAAGCUUGA